AUGCGAAUUAGACUUCAGUAUAAGUUCGUACUGAACAAAAUAAGGAGAAACAAGAAUGAAAGUGGACACAGACAGUGUUUUAGUGCCCUUGAGUGUGUUCAUAGCAGUGGGAUAUCAUGUCUUCCUCUGGAACACCUUCAAGCACAAUCCUUCUCGUACUUCUCUUGGCAUCGAUUCCUCCAAACGCAAAUCUUGGUUCCGUGACAUCAAAGAGGGUGACGAUAAGACUGGCAUGUUGGCAGUGCAAAGCCUGAGGAACAAAAAAAUGGUUACAAUUCUCACUGCUACAGUCUCCAUCCUUAUCUUGCUUUCUCUAGCUGCGGUUACUAACAACGCGUUUAAAGCAAGCCACCUCUUCACAACCGCGGACGACAUUGUUUUAGGCUCCAAAAACCCUACAAUCUUCGUCCUCAAGUAUGCAUCUACCUCUCUGCUUCUUGCAGUAAGCUUUUUCUUCAGCUCACUUUCUGUGAGUUACUUGAUGGAUGCCAAUUUUCUCAUAAACGCCAUUGCUAAAAUGCAUGAAGGAGACUGCGAUUGCGAUUAUGAAUUGACGGGGACUGGAUCGUUUAGGGAGUAUACAAGAUUAGUGUUGGAGAGAGGGUUUUUUAUGGCUAUGAUUGGGAACAGAGUUAUGUGCGUUUCUGUACCGCUAUUGCUAUGGAUGUUUGGGCCGUUACCAGUGUUUGUGUCUUCACUAGGCCUUGUUUGGGUAUUGUACCAGAUUGAUUUUCAGGCAGUCGCCACAAUUUCCGUUUGUAAACGAUAAAAUAAAAAAAAUCAAAUCGGUUGAUUAUUGUUUACAUUCAAAAUAACAAUAAUGGAUGGAAACAACAAAGAGUUUUAGAUUAA